UUUCCUCAUCUCCAAAAUGAGCUGGAGAAGGAAACAGAAAACCACUCCUGUGUCUGUAUGCAGUAGGUGCUUAAUGGAUGCUGGUUAAUCGCCUGAUUGCACCUUCCCUCCUUCCAUCUUCCAUCUGUCUGCCCCUCUCAAGCUGCAUGUAACUCUUCCUGGACUCCUCACCCUCCCCUUGGCUGCUGGGAAUCCCAUGGGCCUUCCCACAAGGGGCUGCCAUCUUGAUCUCCCCACUUGCUGCUCUUCCGGCACCCGCUCAAUACUCUGUACAGAUUCUGAAUUCACCACCUGGGGCUGUUUAGCUCUGUCGAUAAGCAUUUAUUAAGCGCCUACCGGGUGCCAGGCUGGGAACACAAAAAAAGACAAAAAUCAGCCCCUGCCCCAAGGGGGCUUACAGUCUAAUGGGGAAGUCGGCACGUAAACAGCCACAGGUCUGUGAGGGGAGAGACUCAGAGCGCGGCGGACUUGGCAUGCAGCAGAUGCUCAAUCAACGCGCGCUCAAUAAAUGACUCUAAUAUGGCCCCGCCCCCUCGCCUGACAGAGGGGAGGUGGAGGCCCAGAGGAGGCGGGCGCCUGGGAAGAAACAAACCAACCACAACCGGAAACCGGAAGUGAGCGCGGGAGCGCGCGAAGGGGCGGGACAUAGAAACCGAAGAACAGGAAUUGGCAUCAGGGCGCGUGCGCGAGCCCCCAGGAAUCGUGAGGAAGGAAGAGGGCGCCAUUUCCGAAAAGAAGGGUUUCAGUGGGGAACAAGUGGAGCUAUGUAAGUCCUCCUCUGCGUAGGGUGGCACCAGAGGCUGGGGAGCGGGGGCCGGAGCGGGCUCAGACCUGGCCGAGGCCUCCCGGCAUUGGGGCCAGGAGCGACUACAGAUCGGCAGCCAUGGCUGCUCCGGCGGAGGGCGCGGAGGCGCUCUGGCGGCGGCGGUGACGUCACGGCGUCGGGCGUCUGGGGAGAACCGGAGGCUGUCAUUGGUGGCGUGCGGUGGGGGCGUGGCUUGCCUAGGACGGAGGGAACGUUGUGAGGGUGACGUCACCAGGGGCCAGGGCUUCCAGGGCACCCCGGAGCUUUCUAUGAAAUCCUCACCUUCCCGAGUUUUGUUUACACUCGGAUCCAUGAACGAAUGAGUGAAUAAAUGAAUGAACGAAUGAAACCAUCAAUGAGUUACUAUUAAAGUAGAUAUAGAACGUUCAGAUCCAUCCUAAGAUACUUGACUAGCUGUGCAGCCCUGGACAAAUGGCUUAAGUGCUCAGUUUACUCAUCUGUAAAAUGGACAUGAUAUUGAGGAUGAGAGAGGCAGCCUGGCACGGGAAGCCGGCUUCAGACCCAGGAAGACCCGCAUUCAAAUUUGGCCCCUGACAUAGAUUGGCUGUUCAACCCUGGGCAAGCCACUUAACCACUGCCUUGCCUUAGUUUCCCCAUCUGUAAAAUGGAGAUAAUAUUGAGAAUAAUCACUGAUAAUUAUGAGAAUAAUAGCUAGUAUAUAUAGCCCUUUCUCAGUGCCAGUUACUGUCUUUAAGUCCUUAGGAUGCAAGAGAAAACAGUCCUUGCCUUCAAGAGGCUUACACUCUAAUGGAGGAGACAAAUGGGCAUAUACAGGAUACGUCUGGGGCAGAACAUCGGAAUCUUCUGGUCUUAUGGGGAGACUAGGAUAAGCAUCGGAGAAAUAGGUUCAGCUAGGCAUCGGUGGGUCGCAAUCUGCAGUUAGAGAGGAUGUGCAAAUUGAUGAGAUCCCAGAGUUCCUGGACGAUUAUGGAGCACCUGGAGAAAGAGCUUGAGAAGGUCAUGAAUCAGACAUAAAACCAUCAUUUUCUCUUGGGGUUCCUAGUGCGAGACAGCGAGGCAAAUAGGAGCCAAGGCUUAUAUGAGGCAUCGAGGUUUACAGAACGCUUUGCAGAAAUCAUCUUUAUUGGAAAAUGCAGUUCACAUCACAGUUAGACCUAUUUCCUGAGUGCACAGUGACUCUUCUCUUAUUUCGUGGUGUAAAAAAUGCUGGAGAUUUAAGAAAAAAGGCCAUGGAAGGUAGCAUUGAUGGAGCAUUAAUUAAUGCUACGAUGGUGCUUGAUCCAUUUCAGAUCCUUGUGGCAGCCAACAAGGCCGUCCAUCUCCACAAGCUUGGGAAAAUGAAGACAAGGACUCUGUGCACAGAAAUUAUCUUCAACCUUUCCCCAAACAACAACAUUUCAGAGGCCUUGAAAAAGUUUGGCAUGUCAGACAGUGACUCUUCAGUUUUAAUUGUUUAUGUCGAAGAAGGAGAAAAGCGAAUGAAUCCAGAAGACCUCAUAUCUCAGGUGGAUGGUCAUCAGGUUUCCUUAGACAAACUUCCAGAAAUAACAGAUAUCACCAAAAUAAAAAAGACAUACAAACUGACUCCCAAAGAAGAAAAGAUCGGGACAUUAUUAGAAAGUAUCAUUUGCAGAAUGUCAACCAAAGAUGUUUUAUGAAAUAAAAAAAAAGA